AUGGGGUGGGGGAAAGGGGCGGCGCAGACCGCUGCAGCGCAGGCCGGGGCCCUAGCAAAUGGAAUGGGGACGAAUGAGGCCGCACAGCACGGUUUUUGGUAGCACGCAGAUCGCGUCGAUUUCACCUGGGCCCAAUCUGCUAUUCACCAGCGCUAUUUACUGUUGCUGACAAACUACUAGCUGCGGCGCAUAUGUGCAAGGCCAAAGCAAAAUGACAGCAGCUGGGCUCGCUGUUUGCGAGCCUGCUAUGUAAAUGGUCAUUGGCUUGCCCUUGUGGCAUGCACAGAUGGCAUGAUUGCUAGUGGCUGUAUGUACAAGAGCUGAGGGCCUGGCGUUGUAACAAUGCUGGACGGGACUCAAGUCCUCGACUGGGCUUUGCCGCCUGCAAUUGAGGAAGGCUUCCAGGCGACGCUCGUGCCCGAGGAAACUGCAAUAAGCGAGCCGAAGCAGGUUGGCGUCAUCGCCGUGGAAGGGGGCGAGGCUGGGCAGCAGGAAUUCCCGUUGUUUCUCGGCUGCAACGUGAUCGGGAGGGCCGGGCCGGAAAGUGCCGAGGGCGACACAGAGCGUGCGCGACAGCUGGACGUGUGGCGACAGGAGCUGGGCCCGCAUGUGCAUGUAUCGGGCGUGUUCCUGCCGGACCCGAGUAUUUCCAAGACACACGUGCACAUCGACCUGAAGGAGCAGGGACGCGUGUGCGAGGUCACUGCGCAGGCCUGCACCAACCCGGUCCGUCUCCUGCCGGGCGGCGACGGCGCCGCUGCGGACGAGGAGGUGCUGCUGCGCCGCCCCGGCGACCGCCGCGACGCCCGGCCCGGCGACGUGCUGGUGCUGGGCCGGCUGCGCUGCAGGCUGCUGUUCGGCAGGCGCUGGCAGGCGGCGGCGGCGGCGGCAGAGGCACAGGCGGCGGGAGGCGCGGGGGUGCUGGUGCAUGGCGGCGGUAGCGUGUCUCCUCCGGCGCUGCAGACGCAGGCGAUUGCAGGCGUGGCCAGCGGGCAACAACUGCAGCUGCAGCAGCAGUUUCUGGUCGCCGCGCCCGGCUUUGCCUCGCCGCAUAGCACCGGCACCGGGGCGGGGCCCGGGGCGCCGCCUCAGGUGCUGCAGUGGGUGCUGCCGCUGCCCCACACCACAUCGCCACCGGGCACUGGCGGCAUCGCCAUCAGCGGCGGGGCCACGGCCUUCGCAGCCAACACGGCGGACAGCGCCGCCGGCGUCGGGACCGAAGCGGGUGGCGGCGGCGGCGUACCGGGGUCUGUGGGCGUUACUGGGACAGCUGUGUCCGGAGCCGGCGACGGGGCGGCGGCCGUGUUCUCGCCCGGGACCGCGCUGGUGCUGGUGCCGGGGCCCGGCGGCACGCUCAUACCCGUGCCGGUGGUGGGUGUGGGGCCGGCGGGGGCGGGGCUGCAGCUGGGGGCCGGGAUGGCCGCGGUGGCUGCAGAUACCAGUGCGGGGAUGUGUGCAGCGGCGCCGGCGGCGAUGCAGCUCGUGUACCACCCGCUUCUGCCGCCGGGUCCGUCGGCGGCACCGGUGGCGGGCGCAACGCAGGAUGAGAGCGGUGAGGACGAGGACGAGGACGAGGACGAGGAGGCGCCGACCCACGAGCCGACACAGGAUGAGGUUGCGCUCGGUGGCGGCGCGGCGGCCGGCGGCGCUGGAGGCGGCGCAGUGCCGUGGUGGGAUGCACCCUCGGAGCAGGAUGACUGCGUGCUCCCGAUGACGUCGCAGGACGGCGCGGAAGGCAGUCAGUCGCAGUCACGCCCACGGCCCCAGUCCCAGGUACACCCGCAGGCGUCACAGCCGCAGGCAUCGCAGCCGCAGGCGUCACAGCCACAGGCAUCGCAGCCGCAGGCGUCACAGCCGCAGGCGUCACAGCCACAGGCAUCGCAGCCGCAGGCAUCACGGCCCCAGUCGCAAGCACAGGCGCAGACAUUACGGCCGCAGACGUCGCAGCAUGAGCGCGAGCGCUCUCCGGGCGCUUCACAGCCUGGGCCCGCCGCCGCCUCACAGGAGGCCGGGCCGCCGCCGCUGCCGCCGCUGGCAAAGGCGACACAGCAGCUGCUGCCCGCUGCCCAACCGCCGCAAACGCAACAAGCGCUCGGAGAACACGGCGACAAGGGCGUGGAAAUGGAGGUGGAGCCGCACCAGGAGGACGAGGACGCGGCAAGCGACACGACGCAGCCGCCGGAAGAUGCGUUGCAAGAGGUGGAGGCGGGGUCAGCGGCAGAGGCACCGCUGCAGGAGGCGCAGGAUGAGCGGCAGCGCCAGCAGCAGCAGCCGGCGGAGGGAGAGGAGCAGCAGCAGUAUGAGGAGCAGGAACAGCAGCGCGUGUCGGCGUAUGCGGCAGAGGCAGGCACAUGCGCCGCUGCUGGGCACGAUGGCGGUACUGGCGCUGGCGCUGGCGCAGCGGCUGGCAGUUGCAGCGAGGGACGCCACCUACCGCAGGCGGUGGGGCAGGAGGACGCCGCAGACGAGGACGCAACCCAACCGCCUGUCACAGAGGCACCGGAGGCGCAUGGGCAGGCCCAAGAGCUGCAGCCGCAGCCGCUGCCCCAGCUAGGCGCACUUGCAGGAGACGCAGUGGGACGGACGGGGGCUGCCGCCGCCCCCGGUGCCGUGGCGCCGACCGUGACGCUGGGCCACGAUGCCCAUGACGCGGUGCUGCCCGGCUCAGGCACAGGAGCAGAAGUCGGCAUGGACAUGGGCGGCGCCGGACCCACAACGGCAGCGGCCGGGCAUCUGGUGGAGGCAGGCAUGGCGCCGGCUUGGCAUGUGCCGACGAGGCAGGCAGGUGCGCCGCACCUGCAGCAGCACACACAGCAGCACACACAGCAGCUGGCCGUGCUGCCGACGCAGCCGCUGCCGGCCACCGAGGUGCAGGUGCCGCUGCUGGCGCCGCCCGAGGCCUCAGCAGCAGCAGCCGUUGCAGGGCUGGCGGCCGGGCCGCCUGAGGUCGCAGCGACUGCUGCGGCAGCUGCAGCAGCAGCAGCGGCAGCGCCUACGCCACCAGAGCCGGAUGAAGAGGACGAGACGCAAGAGCCUGAGGAGCUGCAGGAAGAGGCGGGGCAGGCGGGCGACACGGGAGGGAAAGUCACACCAGAUGGUGCGGGCCCCAGCACUGCUGCGGCCUCACCUGUGACGGGUGCUGUGGCGCAGACGGCGGCAGCGGCUGAGGACGUGGUCUCCGACGAGGCAGCGGUGCGCUUGGAGACAGCGCCUGGGGGCGGAGGCAUAGCGGAGGAGCCGGAGGCUGGCGAGCGGCCGGUGCUGUGGGGCCUGCUGCUGGGCGACCCCAGCCCCGGCCCCAGCCAGUCCGCGCAUGCCGACGCGGCGGGAGCGCCCCUGCAGCCGCUACCCCCGUCGCUGCACCCCUCGCUCCAGGAGCCGCUGCAGCCCACUGCUGCCACCCUGUCGCCACCGCCGCUGCAGUCGGGGCCGCCGGCCUUACAGCAAGAGCCGACGCCGCUGCACGCACACGACGACGGAGACGGAGACGAACGCGAACACGGCAAUGUGGCGCCGCAGCAGCAUCAGGCGGAGGAGCAGCAGCCGCAUCACGUGAAGGAACAACAGCAGCUGCCGCCUCCGGCGCAUCCUCAGCCACUGCAGGAGGGUGGUGCAGGCGCCGGGUCAGCGGUGGCGGACCAGGUGCCAGAGGAAGGGCAGCAAGGAAGUCAGCGGGCUCAGGACAACAGCCCGGCUGCUCGCUCGCCGGCGCAGCAAGGCGCUGCCCUGCUGCCAGAAGAAGCCCCGCCGCAGGCCGCUCUGCCGCCGCCGCCGCCGGCAUUGCCUCCACAUGAUCAACAGCGGUCGCAGCCGCAGUCGCCGCAGCAGCCGCAGUUGCAGUCGCCGCAACAGCGGUCGCAGUCGCAGCCGCAGUCGCAACCGCAGCGGCGCCCGCAACAGCUGCCGGUCUCCUACACGCAAGCGGACUUUGGCUGGGUGGGCGCGCUCAGCGUCAAGCCCGAGCCCAUGUCGCAGAUCGCUGCCAUGGGCCCAGCAGCCGCCGUGGGGUCACCGGGAGGUGCGGGUGGCGCCGGCACAGGCGUGGGCCCUGGAGUGGCGGCUGGGGUUCCUGCAGGCCCUGGGCACGUCGAAGCACCGCCACCAAUGCCGCAGCAGCCGGAGUCUGCGGCUGAAGCGUCGGCAGGGACGGGCCUCAGCGGGCCGCAGCGGCAGGAGGCUGGGGAGGAUGAGGAGGAGGAGCAGCAGCAGCAGCAGCAAGCGCACGCGCACGCGCCGUCUGCUGCUGGCAGCGGUCACACUGCUCCAGAGGCAACACUCGCGACGGCACAAUCGCCAGCAGCGGAGCCGGAGGCGCUUGGCGCAGCGGCCGCUCCAGCGGGCGAUCAACCCGGUGCUGCGGGAUCCGGGCCCGGUUCCGGGCCUGACCCGGCGGCUGCACCCACGCCCUUUGAGCCUCUGUCCCAGGCGGCAGCACCUCGGCCGCCCACACCGCAGGAAGGCGGGGCCAGCCUGGAUGGCACGCAGUCCAGCGGCGGUGGCUGGACGGCGGCAGUCGCCGCAGCGCAUGUGGGCCGCCUGGUCAGCCUGCUACGGCCGGCCGCAGCCGCCGGCAGCGACGCGGCUGGAGGUGCUGACAGCGGACUGCUUGGGCUGGGGCUGUUGGGGGCGCCGUCGCAGCUGGAGGAGUCGCAGAUGCCUGGCGGCGGCUUCUUGAUGCUGGGGGCCUUGGGCGGCGGCGGGGGCGGCGGCGGGGGCGGGGGCAAGCCUGUUGCGGGACUGGCGGACGCGCCGGCGGGGCCGCAGGAAAUGCCAGAUGAAGCGGCAGAGACAGCGGCGAUACCUGCCGCGGCACAGCCAGCUGCUGCAGCACAGGGAGCGCCGCCCGCCGCCGCGCCAGGCGCCAUGCUAGCGGCCGCCACGCCCGGACCGCAGCCCCACACGACGCCCGGCCGCAGCCACGGCCCGGGCCCGGGCCAGGGCCUGGCCAGUCCGGCCCCGAGCGGCGGCGGCCACAGCCCCUCCACCUCGCUACGUUCGUUCCUGCCGGGCGCCGGCACGCAGCUGGCCGCGGACGCCAUCCUGGCCAUGGCCGCAGUGCACUCCGGCGGCGGCGGCGGCGGCGGGCCGCUACCGGCAGGCGCGGACGCCGCCGCCGCCGCGGCGCUCCGCGGCGCCUGGGAGUCGCAGCUGCCCUCCGACUGGGGCCUGCCGCAGCAGCAGCCGCAGCAGCAGCCAGGCCCCAAGCCGGGCACGAGGCAGCAGCCACAGCGGCAGCCGCGGCAGACGCUGAACGCGGCCCGGCAGGGCGCUGGCGGCGGCGCGGCGGAUGCCUAUGAGCUGCCCAGCAGCGGCUGGAGCGUGGACCAGGAGCCGGGGCCGGAGGCACUGCAGCAGGGGGAGGAGGAGCAGGAGCAGGAGCGGCGUGGUGGCAGAAGCUCGGGGCGCGGCCGGCGUGGAGGCGCGCGAGGAGGAAGGGGUAGGGGCAGGGGCCGCGGGCGCGGCCGCGGCGGGGCGGGCGGCGGCAGCCGCCGCAGCAGCGCCGAUGGCGGUCACGACGGCGAAGAUGGUGCUGAGGCGGGCGAGGCGGAGGAGGCAGUCGAGGAGCCAGAUGCAGGCGCGGUGGACGACGACGGAGAUGAGGACUACUGCGGGGAGGGUGGCCGGGCUCGGGGCAGAGGCAAAAGGCGCGGCCGGGGCCGGGGUAGAAGCCGAGGCGCCGACACUGGCCGGGCGGCAGGCGGGCGUGCAGGAGCUGGCAGUGGCAAGCCGCCGACGGGCAAAGGCGCCCGCGCAGGCGGCAAGCGGCGGCGGACUUCCGAAGAUGGCGAGGGCGCUGCGGAAGGCGGAGUGGUGGAGGCGCCUGGGCAGCUGCCGCCAGUGGGACCGCUGGCCGCAACAGGUGGGGCCGCUGCACAGGGGCUGCAGCCGCCGGCACCGAAACGCGCCCGCCGCGGCAGCAGGGAGCCGUCGCCCGCAGGGCGCCCGCCGCUACCGCCUGCAGUGCCGCUGCAGCCACCACAGCUGCUACAGCCGCCGCCACAACUUCUACAGCCACCACAACCGCCACAGCUGGCUGAGCCGCAGCAGGCACAGCCGCAAGAGGACCCGACGGCACGAUGGCAGGGCCACCCGGGCACAACAGAGGAGCCGCAGCAGCAGCCGCAGCAGCCGCAGCAGCCGGAGCCGCAGCCACAAUCGGAGCAGCAGCAGCCCAAAAGGCGGCCGGUGAUCAAGCAGGAGCUGGCCGAGGAGGGGGCAGUUGGCGUCGCUGCUGGCCCACAGCAAUCGGGUGUGGCGGAACAGCAGCAACAACAACACCCACAACAACAGGAAGAGCAGGGCGCGUCGCUACUGGGCGAGCAGCCACAGCCACAGCCGCGCGAGCAGCCUCAGCCCCAGCAGGAGCAGGAGCCGCAGGCGCAGGCGCACGCAGGGGAACCGGCACAAGAAGGCGCGCCGUUAGCAGCCCUAAAUCCAGACAGUGCCGCGCCCGCCGGAAACCGCCAAAGGCUGCGCCAGCAGUUGUUGGGGGCGGGCGCGCCCGCGGGCUGGGCGGUGCGGCGGCCGCGCUCCAGCCGGGAGGCCUCUGCCGAACCCCGCGCCGCCCAGCCCGCCAGCGUUGCUGCCCCAAUGGAGGAUGCAGGACCGGCCUCGGGGGCACUUGCCGCGGACGGCCGGCCGGCUGCGGAGCGCGAGAUCGAGCGAGGCGGCGACGCGACAGGCAAGAUUGCAGACGGUGCGGCGCCGGUGGUGCCACCGGCGCUCGCGGCGCCUGGCGGUGCCGGGCCCAGCGUUGACAUUGCUGCUGCUGCGGAGGGCGUUGCGAGGGAUGCCGACAUGGCGCAGGCGGCGGCAGUGGCGGAAGGCCAGGAGCUGCCGCAGCGAGUGGGCAGGCAACGCAAGGCCGCUGGCCAUGGCGGCAGGGCAGCUAAGGCGGUGCCAAUAGGGGCGGAGACUGGGCGGCGCCUGAAACGCGGUCGCGAGCAGCCGGCGGGGGUGGAGGAGGAGGCACACCAGCCGCAAGAGGCAGCGCCCAAGCAGGAGGCAGCGCCCGAGCAGGAGGCAGCGGACACAGGGACCACCGCAGGGGCCCCGGAGCAACAACAGCAGCAGCAGCAGCAGCAGCAACAGGGGCAGGAGCUGGUACAAGAGCCUGGGUUGGCGGGAGAGCACACGGCUGGUACCAGGCCUCCCGAGCCGGAUGCCCAGCCGGAGCCGGAGCCAGAGCCAGAGCCUGAGCCGGAGCCAGAGCCGGAGCCGGAGCCGGAGGCUCGCCGGCCCACAAAGCGGGCUCGCACGUCCGCUGCUGCUCGCAAGGGCGGCCGGCAGCCCGCGGCUACCGCGGCUGCUGCAGCGGCUACGCCCACCGAGGCAGGCGCGGACGGGGCAGCUGCCGAGCCCAUGGCGGCUGAACAGCCGGAGCCGCAGGCAGGUGCCGCGGGCAGGGACAGAAGGAACGCAAGGGCCAGGCGCACGAGCGCCGCAACUGCUGCUGCCGCCGUGGCCGCCGUCAAGGCUGAGCCCACGGUGCAGGUGGGCGGCCCGGGUUCCACAACAGGCCGCGGUAGCGCAGCCGCGGGCGCCGACGGCGGCGGCAGCGGCAGUGCGGGGCCAUCCUCGCCGCCUGCGGCACACGCCGGCUCCCCCGUGCAGCCCUCCCCAGGAGCUGCGGCCGCCGCCGUAGGUGGCAGUGGCGGCGCCGGCGCCGCCGCCAUCACGCGCCGCCGACGCACCGGCAACGUAGCUGCUGCCAGGGGCGGCGGCAGCCAGGGCGCCGAAGGCGCGGUGGACGGCGGCGACGCCGGAGGCGAUGUCGCCGCCGCCGGCGGCCGCUGUCACGGCGGCCAUGUCGGCGGCGGUGUGGUUGUGUCCAUCAGCCGCUCCAUUCCUGACGCUCGGCGUGAGAGCCUGCGGGCGCUGGUGCGGCGGCUGGGCGGCCAGGUGGCGGACGACGAGGACACGGUGCACUUCAGCCACAUGGUGCUGCCCAGGUACAGCUUCGUGCCCAGCCUCAAGGUGCUGUCGGCCAUUGCCGCCGGGCGGCCGCUGCUGGACGAGGUGUGGCUGCAGGGCUGCCGGGACGCCGGUGGCGUGUGGUUGGAGCCGCAGAAGCAGCACGCGGCGGUCGACCCCAAGCAGGAGAAGGAGCUGCGCUUCAGCAUCUGGGACGCCUUCGAGCGGGCGCGCCGCAACGGGCUGUUGCUGCAAGGCCGCACCUUCUUCACCACCCCGCUGCGAAGGGUGGAGGACGCCAAGAUGGCACCCGGCGCAGCGCCCGCGCCAGGGGCAGGGGCAGGGGCAGGGGCAGGAGCAGGAGCAGCCGGUGCCGGCCGCAAGGCCGGCGGCAGCAAGGCCGCGGCAGCCGCUGCCGUCAAGCCCGAACCUGGCGCUGCUGUCACCGCCGGCGACGGCCCGCAGGGCUUAUCGCUGGUUGCGCAGCUGGCGGGCGCCCGCCUCCUUACAGACCCAGGGGAUGUCGUGCCGGGACACGUGGGCUCGGCCUUCAUUGCCUCCGCCUCGCCCGCUGCAGCCGGCGCCAGCGGCGCCGCCACCGCUGCCGACGUGGGGCCGUCGCUGCCGACGGUUGUGGUUGGCGAGCGGGGCGCCAAGGAGCGGGAGUGGGCUCGGCGGCAUCUGCCUGCCGGCACCCAGGUGUACGACAAGGAGGUGUUCAAGGCCAUGGUGCUGCAGCAGCGGCUGGACGGACACGAGCCACUGUUCACCGUGUGAGCGGGCGUGAGAGGGCUCGGGGGGGGGGGCACCGUGUUGAGGGGGCCGUGUGUGAGGUUUGGUGAUAGGGUGUGAGUGCGGUGGUUUUGGGCGCUUUUGGCGGCUGGUGUGUCCGGGCAAGCCUGGGAGCUAGCGGCUACCACGGUUGCACCGCUGUUGCCCCUGCUGUCACGUUCGGGGGCGCCAUUGUUAGGUGGCGUGGUUAGCUGGCUGGCCGGCCCUGUGUGCGUGCUCAGCUAGGCCUCAAGCGAGGGCUCAGCACCCGUGCGUGUCGAGCACCCGUGCGUGUCAAGCACCCGUGCGGCAAGGGUCACGAGAACGGAAGGGGAAACCACGCGGUGUUGGUGUUGGUGGGUAACAUGCGCAUGUGUGCAGGAGCGCACUGCAAGCAAGACUUCAGGAGCAGGAAUGAGUUGACGUUCACACAAAUGUGAUGGUGCUUAAAGUGUCUGCCGGCGGCAGCGGGACUGUGUGGACGUCAGCAGGAGCGACGCCGUAAAUUGUCACCGUGAUCACCGCGGCGAGGGUUGCCACUUGAUUGAAUUUGGCAGAUAGACCUUCAGAGACCUUCGCGAGCUUCAUUAAUCUAUGUUUUGCGUUUGAGUUUCGCACACUUCAUCUAGGGGACGGUGCAGUCCUUCGUCAAAGCGACACGCGCUAUCGGGGCAGACCCGGUUGAAGCUCACACACGGCACGUGUCCGUUUGAAUUUGGGUGGCCCCGGUGUGAUAGCUAUUAUACUGUACAGCUUCACGCGAUAUCAUUGCUGUAAUUAUUUAGUCGG